UGCAUCUCCGGUCUGGAGAUCUCAGAGCUGGGGAACUAGCCCCCUCCCCUGGGGGAAACUGAGGCCCAGCGAGUCGCGGAGCUGGGAGAGAUCCCAGGUGUCCUGAGUCUAUCCUUCCGGUCACGAGACCAUGUGCUCUGGCUUCCUGGCUGCAUCCCCCACUUCCAGCACCAACUGGAAUCGCAUCCCAGUGCUGACCCUGCCCCGGCGACAGGCCAGCUCAUGGCUGCCUUGUGACAUCAGAAAGCCCGGCUGGCUAAGCAGCAGGGCCCGGGCUAAAAUGGCCAGAUUAGUUUUACACGGGGGCUUGAGGGCUGCAGGCCAGGCCGGCACCUUGGGCUCCCCCCAGAAAGGGAGUGCAGAGGGGAUCGGUCUGUGCCCUGGAAGAUGGGACUCUGCCAGGCCCGGCUUCCUAAAACUGCCAAGCCUCUGAAACCUGAACUGCAGGAGAAGCUGAAGUCGCAAGUCAUUGUCUUCGUGAUAGGAGGCCCGGGCUCUGGCAAAGGGACACAGUGUGAGAGGCUGGCUGCCAAGUACCAGUUCCAGCACCUGGGCCUGGGGAACCUCCUGCGGGCAGAAGCCAGCCAGCCCACGCGCCAGGGGCGACAAAUCAAGGACAUCAUGAUGAAAGGAGCGCUCGUACCUUCAGGCUUCAUCCUCGACCUGCUGAACGACAACCUGCUGCAGAGAGAGGAGGCAAAGGGCUUCCUGAUCAAUGGCUUCCCCCGGGAGCUCAAGCAGGCCAAGGACUUUGAGCGUGUGGUGGGGCGUCCUCCCAACAUCGUGAUCGUCUUGGACUGCUCGACAGAGACCAUGAUCCAGCGGCUGCUGCUGCGGGGCCAGACUGGCCAUCGGGCCGAUGACCACGAGGCCUGUAUCCGCCAGCGGCUGGAGACUCACUACUCGCUGUGUGAGCCCGUCAUCAGCUACUACCAGCAGCAGAACCUGCUCAGAAAUGUAGGGGGGGGGUAUUACAAGACAGACCUCCUGGGCAUUAACCCCUCCCCUUUCCUUCUCCCCCCAUGGCCCAGCAGAGCCCAUUGCAGGCUGCCCGGAUGGGCCCCCCUGGUUUAGCAAGAUUGUGGGUACCGCUCACCAGGUGCAUGGAAACAUCAUCCAGGGGCUGAGCCAGUGGGCAGGCCCCUUGGGCCCGAGAGGGGAGGAGGAACUCAGUGGCAGCUGGAGCCCCCCCUGCCCACAGCACCGGGGGAGGGAGAGGAUGGGCUGGGGCUGCACAAAAGCUGCAAACGCCCAGUGGUUUUGAGCAGGGCCUAGUGCUGCAUCCCCCCCCCCCAAGCACAGGGACACCCAAGGGUUUCCCAGGGGGUGGGUACUAAUGCCAGGGGCUCAGUGAGCCUAGCGGGAGGGAACUAGAGCUGGGUGCCUGCAGGGCCCAUGGCAGGUGCUGCUCCAGCCCAGCUGCUCUGUUGCAUCCUGCAGAUUCUAGGCGAGGAGCCUGAAGACGCCAUCUUCACAAAGUGCUGCUUUGUCAUUGACAGCCUCCUUUAGGCCAGGUGCCUGCUGCUGCCCUGCCUGGGGCCACCACGUAGCUGGGGCUGUGUUCAAAUAAAGGCUCAGCUUCUGGCCCUCAUCCUAUGCUUGCCCUAUGCAGAGAUGGCCCUCAGCACCUGCCCCGCCAUAUGGGGCUUAUGAGGUCAGGGCUUGAGUGCCAGCUGGUGGCCUAGAGCUGACACCACAUGCUUAAGUGGAUGGUCCAGCUCCCUUUCCCAGUCCAGCCCUUCGCCUCCCCCCUCAGAGGCAGCGUCAGGCUGCUGGAGCUAGUUAUACAAGCAGCCAAGGUACCUCAGAGCUAGUGAGGCAGUGGCCCAGGUGCACAGAAACGGCCCGCAGGAAUCCAGGGGCUUGCGGACACAGAAAGUAUUUGACACAUGCAGGGGAGCCAGCCAAGGUGGGUGGGGCCUAGGGCAAAGAGCAAACGCCCAGGUCCCAGCAGAGGGGAGACGGCCACAGCUCCACUACACUGGCUGCUUUGAGUUAGGCAGAUAUUGCAGGGUGAAAUUCCCUGCUCUGCCUUCUGGAGCCACCAAUUAGCUCACCAGCCUCCUGGCCUAAUCCCUACUCACCAGGGCAGACCUAUGCAUUUCCAAAUCAGCCCCCCUUCAAGGAGCAGGACUACAUGAAAGGAGAACAGCUGUGACAAGACAGCCAGGCUGGAGAGUGGGGAGGGUUCUUCUGAGGGGAAGAGUAGCAGCCGAGACGAGACGAGACCACAUCCAUGGAAACACUGAGUUUAUUACCACAAGUCCUUUUGUUUUUUCAAUACAAAAGUUCAAGCUCAGCUACAUGUGAGUGAAGAGAGCUCCAGCUGGGCACCAGCUUUUAUACAGAGAUCAGCCCCACAUCAGUCAUCUGAAAUUGAGCUUUGUGCCAAGCUCUCCCCUCAGCUGCCCUGACAGCUCAGGGCAGAACAGCAGGCUAGCAGAGAUUUCACAGGAAGCUGUUCCAGGGAAGGCUUCGCCCUGCAUCACCCAAAGCCAGGGACUGUCCAGCAAGUGGAUAGGAAAGAACCUUUCCAAAGGUGCUUUCUGAUAGCCAGCACUCGCUGUAUGGGAGAAAUGUCUUACCUGCACCCUCCAGAGUGAGUUGGGGGAAGUACCAGGUCCCCCACAGCUGCUUGGACAACCUCCUGCACCAGCUGGAGAGUCCAAGCCAAGGGAGGUUCAUCUGUCCGUAAGCAGAGGAGAGUUCAGUGCUUAGGGCAUCAGCCUAGGACUGGGGAAAAUCAGGUGUAAGGUCUGACCCCAGAGGAAUCUGGGCCAGUCACAGUUUGGGCCUCCAGUUCUUCAUCUGUCCAGUGGGGAUCAGCUCUGCCCUGCUGUCCAGGGGGAUGCAGGGACAAACAUGGAUGGGUAGGAGGCGUUCAAGUACUACAGAGAUAGGGCCAGCUAAGGCCUCACAGGGGGAAUGGACCUGCCUAGGUAUCAGUAGUGAAAUUAUAGUCCCUUGGGACUGCUCAGCAAGAGACUGGAGGUGUUGAAUGGGCCGAGCACAGCUCCACUUGCUCCUCAGAACUGUCAAAAGCAGCAAUUCUUUACCCCACAUGGGUAACCUCAGCUCACCAGGCCAGAUAUCCUGCUGAGGGGCAGUGGCAUAAAGCCCCUCCUAACAAGCAGUAUCGGGGGCAUACUGUAUCACCAGUUGCUCGGUUUGGAAACAGUGCAGCAGAGUUGGUUUCAAAACAAAAAGAGCAUUUUAUUUAACAACGCACAAUUGUCUGCUCAAACUAUAAAAAAAACAAACACCACAGGAGCUCUUAGUUCGUCAGGUUUUACAACAGCUAUAUCAUGAGAACAAUCCGCUUCAAAACCCUAUGGACAGACAGACACCACCCAGCAGACACAGGGAGGUUUUGUUAUCAUUUAUUUGUGAAGUUAAAAACAAGCGGUAAAAAGUAAAAACUGAGCGUACAAUUGUUUGUUUCAGUCUCCUCUUGAACAGACGAAAUACAUGACAGACCAGUCCCAAUUGUGGGAAAAUGGGAGGGGAAAGGGGUUGUUUUAUCUGAAACACCGACACCUUAUUCGAGGAAUGUUCCAACUCUAACUAAAAAGCAGAGUGAUUUUUUUUCUCCUUGUAAAGUUUUUUUUUAUUUUUUUUUAAAAACAAAACGAAAAGAAAAAACAUGUUACCCUGAAAUCCACGUGUGUUUCAGGAGGGCUGAGUUCUUGCAGCAGUUUUAGUUCACUAUCUUCUACAGCUGGCUCAACAUGAAGGAUUCAGAUAUUUUUAUUUUUAUUUUAUUUUAUUUUAUAUUUUAUUUUAAAGAGACUUGAAGGAGGAGCAGCCGAGGUUCCGCUAAGAAACCCAGCAAUCAGACCCAGCUCCCUUCCCCAACAGCGGCCAU